AUGAAAUCUGAAAGCAAUGUUUUCCGUGCUGUGACAUUCUCGGAGCCUCCAGCCUCUAUCCAGGCCAGAUAUUGGCUAUGUGGACAGAUCAAUGACCAUGUUGAAGGUGUUGCUACGGAUGGAUUUGAGGAAGUCGCAGAUUUGUUCAGGAAGAAUUUCAUGUACAAACAUGAACGAGACGGUGCUGCGUUAGCAAUAUACUACAAAGGAAAGCUGGUAGUGGAUCUUUGGGGUGGCUGGGCUGAUCGCAUUAAUGAACGGGAGUGGACACAAAACACAAUGGCUAACAUCUUUUGCUGCACUAAGAGUGUGGCUGCUAUUUGUGUUGCUAUGAAAGUACAUGCAGGAGAAUGUUUUUAUUCUGAUAAAGUUACACGUUUCUGGCCUGAAUUUGGAAAAAACGGCAAGGAAAAUAUAACCAUUGACAUGAUCCUCAACCAUCGAGCUGGUAUACCCUAUCUUGAAGAAGAUCUCACCCUUGACGAGGCUGCAGACAAAACGAAAAUUUCCAAGGUCUUGGAAGAAGAGUCUCCAAAACAUCCUCCAGAUUCACAGAUUGCUUAUCAUCCAAUAACAUUCGGAUGGUUAAUAGACCAGGUAUUCUGUCGAAUAGAUGCAAAGCAUCGAAGUAUAGGAGAAUACUUUCGUGAUGAAAUUCGACAGAAGUAUGGUAUAGAUAUCUAUAUUGGAUCAUGCACUGAUCAAGAAGGUCGGAUUGCUAAAGUUUCACCACUUAGAAAAACUUCUGCAUUUCGGGAAUAUGUUGACGACAGGAAAAUAUUUUCAAUGGGUAAUCUUCUACACGGCAAGGACGCAGCAGCAUUACAGCGAAUGAGGUUACAGCCACUCUCUGAGAAUAUUGAGUUGUUUAACACACCAGCAAUGCGUUCUUUUGAACAACCUGCGUUGAAUGGAGUUGCAACGGCACGCGGUCUUGCUCUUCUCCAUCAAAAAUUCAUGGAUGGAACUUUGUGCUCACAGCAGUUUUUUAAGAACUUAGCUCAACCACAAUAUGAGGAAACCUUCGACCACACUCUUGGCAUUGAAGAAAGCAAAGGGCACGGCUUUGUAUAUAAAAGAAGUCCAAAUGGUUCGUGGCUGAUUGGACAUCCAGCGAUGGGUGGUCAAAUGAUCUGGAUGGAUCCAUUCAAAGACAUUGUUGUCUGUUAUCUGACUAAUGGACUGAAACUUCCCUCAUUAAACCAGCUUAACUUUGCUGAUACCAUUCAAAAAGAGGAGGAUGUCAACAGUAAUUUGAAGGAUUGA